UAGCAAAUAUUUACCUCUCAAGAUCCCACUCACUGGGAACGACAUCAUUGUAACAUGUUUUAUUUUUCACCCAGUGGACUCUGAAAAGUAAAAGAAGCUGUCCUCUUGCCAGAAAGAAGCUCACUGCAGGAUUGCAACAUGAAAACUGCUUUUUUUCUUGUCCUAUUUGAACUGUGUGUCACCAUGUGUUUCUCAAAUGAAAAAACUGGAACCCCUGUGAGGGAGACACAGGAAAGUUUCAUACCAAGCCUCUUGCUUUCAAAUGACACCGAUGAACAAUAUCCACAUAAUACAGUGUCAGAUCCAUCCAGGGAAAAGUCCAAACCAGCAUUCUCUAUGCACAACUUCACAGAAAUGAACACCAACUUUGGAUUCAAUCUCUACAGGAAAAUAGCAAUGAAGCAUGACAACAACAUCUUUUUCUCUCCGUUGUCAUUAUCCUUUGUUUUGUCAAUCUUCUUGUUGGCUUCCAAAGGGGAAACUCACAACCAAAUAAUUCAGUCUUUGAACCUCCACCUUCUGAAUGGAAAAGAGAACCAGCUCCCAGCAUUGUGCCAACAGCUAAGAAACAACAUCACCAAGAAUCAAGAGUUCACCCUUUUGCAGAAUAGCUUCUCUUUCAUCCAGAAGGACUUCCAGAUCAAUGAGGCUUUUCAUAAUUUGUCCAAGCAAUAUUUCGAUAUGGAAUAUUUGACCGUGGAUUUCCACAACUCUACUCUUGCCACCAACAUUGUCAAUGAGCACAUCAAACAAAAGACAGGAGGGAGGAUACCAGCAUUGUUUGAUGCAUUUGAUCAGCAAGCUAAAAUCAUUCUGGUGAAUUACUUUCUCUUUAGAGGGAAAUGGAAACAACCUUUUUCUAUGAAGUUCACAGAAGUAGAAACUUUCUAUAUAGACAACUACAGGAGUGUCCAAGUGCCAAUGAUGUUCAAGACAGAGCGGGUUGCCUCUACGUUUGACAAGAACCUGCAGUGUGUUGUGCUAAAGCUUCCUUACAAAGGGAGUGUGCACAUGCUGAUUGUCAUGCCAGAAGAAGAAGCUGAUUUUAUGGACCUUGAAGACCAUUUGACAAUUGAGCUUGUGGAUUCUUGGCUGAAAAACAUGGAAACCAGGAAAAAGGACAUAUAUUUUCCAAAGUUCAAAUUAGACCAGUCUUACCAUGUGGAAGAGUUGCUUCAAGAUAUGGGCAUUAAAGAUCUUUUUUCUUACAAAGCAGACCUAGGCCACCUCUCAAAUCAGAGAUUCAUGAAAAUAUCACAGGUUCUCCAAAGAGCUGUUAUUGAAGUGGAUGAAAGAGGGACCGAAGCCGCAGCAGUCAGUGGCUCAGAAAUCCUAGCAUAUUCCUUACCUCCUACAGUCCGUGUGAAUCGGCCAUUCCUUUUCAUGAUUUAUGAAGAGAUAUUAAAUACUUUGCUGUUUAUGGGAAGAGUUAUCAACCCAACUGAGCUGUGAAUAAAAGCCAAACAUUUCCA